AAAAAAAAAGUCGUUGUUCCACAACUAAAGUACACAGGAAAACCAGGGGAAAUAAAAAAGUGUUUUCUGAAAAACGGACAUCAACCUGCGAACCACAUUAAGAAGAAAACAUAACGCUUAGCAGCCCAAGCCACACCCAUCUCUCCCAACCGUUUCUAAACCGGAAGCGGCAAAGUAGUCGGAAGAAACCUUCGCUUCCAGGCGCGGGGAAGUGGACCUAUUUAUAUGAUGAAUAAAAGAAAGACCAACGUUCAGCAUGCUCAAAGGCCUGCAAAAGCCCGCAGGAUAGAGGGCACGGCAAAUGGCCUUGAGGAUGAGGACAUAGACGAGGAAGCAGGCUUUUAUCCGGAGCAUCAUUUCACUACCUCGAGUGCUGGAGAUAUUGGUGUUAUUGAGAGCAUCACUUUGAAGAAUUUCAUGAGUCAUCACUUGCUUGGCCCUUUUCAGUUUGGACCAAAUGUUAAUUUUAUUGUUGGAAAUAAUGGAAGUGGGAAGAGCGCUAUUCUCACUGCACUCAUUGUUGGCCUGGGUGGCAAAGCCACUACAACCAACAGAGGAGCCUCUUUGAAGAGUUUUGUGAAAUAUGGAGAAAGCUCUGCAGAAGUUACAGUAAAAUUGAGAAACAGAGGAAGCGAUGCUUAUAAAGGUGAUGUCUAUGGGGAUUACAUCUCUGUUGAGCAAAGGAUCACCAGUGAUGGUUGCAGGACAAGCAAGAUUAAGAACAAAUCUGGGUAUAUUGUCUCCACUAAGAAGGAAGAGUUAACAGCAAUACUGGACCAUUUCAACAUACAGGUUGACAAUCCAGUCUCAAUCUUAAAUCAGGAAAUGAGUAAACAAUUCCUUCAUUCAAAAAGCGAAGCAGAUAAGUACAAGUUUUUCAUGAAGGCCACUCUACUAGAGCAGAUGAAGCGAGACUACAUUCACAUCAAGCAGACCAAAGCUCUGACACGGGAUCAAGUAGAAAGGCAGGAGGAGUGUCUGCGAGAUCUCAGACAGUUGUUUCUACAAAAGAAAGAAAAGUAUGAAAGUCUAGCAACACUUGAGAAAAUGAGGCAAUCUCUGGAAGAUCUACAGAAGAAGAUGGCAUGGGCACUGGUGGGAGAAAAGGAGAGAGAAGUGCAGCAGCUUAAGGAUCAGAUUGAUAAAGUACAGAAUGAUGAACGUAACGAACAGAAGCUGCAGCUCUGUCGGAGUAAAGUUAGUGCUACUGAAAAGAAAUUGCAGGAUAUCCAACAGAAGCUUGGAAAAAUAAAAGAGGAGGAUGAAUGUUUAGCGGAAGAAUGUCGAAAACUGAAAGAAGAGGCAAAGCUCAAAAGUAAAGAUCAGAAGAACCAGGAAGUGGUCUACUUUCGUGCUGAGAACAAAUUAAAACAGUUAGAAAAAGAGCAAUGCCUUCUUCGGGAGAGAAUUAAUAAAAUAAAUAAUAGUAAUGGGAGAAGGAAUCAUGAGGCAGAGCAGACACAGCAGAUGAAGAAAAUAUCUGCUAUGAAGAAGCAGCUGGAAAAACUUGAGACAGAGUCUACAACCCUUAAUCAAGAAAUUAAGGACAAACAGCAGGCCCUUUUCAAAGGAAGGGAAGAAUGUGACAAGUUAAGCAUGGAAGAAAAAAACAUCCAGGUCUCUCUGGAGUCCAAACUGAAAAGAAAGAACCAACUGACAGCCAGCAGAUCCAACAGACUGAGACGAUUUGGUGAUCGAAUGCCAGAACUAAUGGAAUCAAUAGACAAAGCAUAUGCUCAAGGACGCUUUAUUAAGAAACCUGUGGGGCCAAUAGGUGCAUGCAUCAGACUUCAGGAUCCAAGUCUAGCUGUGGCUGUGGAAAGUUGCUUACGGAGUUUCAUGAAAACAUUUUGCUGUGACAAUUACAAGGAUGAAAGGGUCUUACAGGAGCUGAUGUCUCCGCAUUUUCCUAAAAGCAGCCGACCCCAGAUUGUGGUGUGUUCUUUCUCAGACCAAGUCUACAACGUUCAACACCGAGCUGUACGUCAUCCUGAGUUUCCAUCAGUUUUGGACUCUCUCAUCAUUGAAAAUCCUGUAAUCGUUAAUUGUUUAAUAGACAUGCGGAGCAUCGAGUGUAUUCUUAUAAUCAAAGAGAAUGCUGUUGCCAGAAGAGUCAUGCAAAUGCAGAGGCCCCCUGUAAAUUGUCGUGAGGCCUUCACUGCUGAUGGUGAUCAGGUUUUUACCAAUCGCUAUUAUACCCCUGAACAAGAAGUCAUGGUUAAAUACCUCGGUGGGGAUCCAGAGGCAGAAAUUCGUCUGGUGCAGUCAGAGGUGGAAAAUCAUCAAGCACAGCUCAACAGAUUUCAACUUCACUUAAACUCGGUGAGGCAGGACAUUUAUUCCAUGGAAGAGAAGCUGCGCAGUGCAAAAAUAGCAUGCAAAAAAAAUCAGGAAAGUAUGAAUAGAGUUAAAGCAUCAAUAAUCGAGCUAGAGAAUGUUGAGGAGACACAGGCUGAGGACGUCAGUUCACUGGAAGAAGAAGGUCAAGAAAAUGAGCAGAAGAUUGAGCUAGAGAGAAAAAAUGUAAAAGAAGCAAAACGUGAACUGGACAAGCAUAAUAAGGCAAUCACAGACCUUGACCGGAAAUACAUGGAUGUGAAAAACAAGAGAGAGCAGCUCUCAGAUGAAAGUGAUCAAAUGAAGGAGGAGCAAGGGAAAGCUGAGGCCGAACGCAAUAAACUGGAACAGACCCUCAAGAUCCUGGAAGGGAAGGUCAAGACACAUCAGGACAAUAUAAAAGUCAUGAGAGAAAACCUCACUUGCAAAGAAAAGGAAAAACAGGACAUUGAAGCACAAGCCAAAGAAAUCUGCCCUGUUUCUCAACGUCCAGAUAGAAGUGCCAAGAGCAUCGACACAGAGAUCACACGUCUGCGCCUGAAGAUCAGCUCCCAUGAGAGCACCCAUGGCAAUCAGGAACAAGUGAUCAGGGAGUAUGCUGAGGCCCAUAGUAAUUAUAAAAACAAAUCCAGUCAGCUGAGAGAUCUGAAGAAGUUUAUUGACCGUCUGGACAACAUCAUGACUGACAGGCAGGCUCGAUACAAAACUCUGAGAAGAUCCCUCUCAGUGAGAUGCAAGUUAUACUUCAACAAUUUCCUCAUCAAACUGAACUGCUGUGGGUCCAUGAUGUUUGAUCACAACAAUGAAACUCUUUCCAUUUCAGUGAAGCCACCAGGUCGGGAGAAUGACAAAAUUAACGACAUGCGCUCUCUGUCUGGAGGCGAGCGCUCCUUUUCCACAGUUUGCUUUAUUCUUUCCUUGUGGGAGAUCACAGAAUCCCCAUUUAGAUGCCUGGAUGAGUUUGAUGUGUACAUGGACAUGCACAACCGACGGAUCUCACUGGACCUGCUUCUUGAGCUCUCUGAGCGUCAGCAUCUCAGACAGUUCAUCUUCAUCACUCCUUUAACCACCAGCCAUCUGCCUGAGAGUAAUCAUAUUAAAAUCCACCAGCUGCAAGAUCCAGACAGAGAAACAGAGACAUCAGAUGGGUGAGGGGACAUGUCACAGAAACCCUAUGUCAAAAGAAGGGAGUGAGAAUUCUUACUUUGUUGAGA